UCCACGCUGUUUUAACAUAGCUACAGCUUGAACAUGCCAGUGGCUUUAGGGCAUCUCCUUCUACUUAUACUUGGAACAGUCUAUCUUCAAAAAACAAGCUGUCCAUCAAUGGCUCUCCAACAAGAUUCAAGUUGUGGGCAGAAAGUCCUUGGAAGCGAUUCAUGGGGCUUUUAUAACCACUUUGCUCGGAUUGUUGGUGGAAGCCAAGUACAACAAGGAUCACAUCCAUGGCAGGUUUCCUUGAAAAGAAGCAAUCACCACUUCUGUGGAGGAACCCUUGUUUCCACUCAGUGGGUAAUCACAGCAGCUCAUUGUGUUGUAAGCAGAUCACUGCUUCGUUUGCUGACCGUCACUGCUGGAGAACAUGAUUUGAGUUUGAAAGAUGAGGAAGAGCAGACCCUCCCUGUCAAAGACAUAAUUAAGCACCCCAAAUUUAAUAGGAAGAAACCAAUGGAUUAUGAUAUUGCUCUUCUAAAAAUGGAUGGUCACUUCAAAUAUGGUGCAGCUGUAUGGCCAGUAUGUCUUCCUGGCCCACGUGAAAAAUUUGAUCCAGGAUAUAUAUGUGUCACUUGUGGUUGGGGUCGUUUAAGAGAAAAUGGGAUCCUCCCUGACAUUCUGCAUGAAGUCAGGUUGCCCAUCUUAGACCAGACUCAAUGUUCUCGAAUCUUGUCAACUCUAAGGAGGCCUAUUCAAAGUCACACUAUAAUGUGUGCUGGAUUUCCAGAUGGAGGAAAAGAUGCUUGCCAGGGGGAUUCUGGAGGCUCACUUGUGUGCCAACGUGAACAUGGUUCUUGGACCCUGAUUGGAGUGACUUCAUGGGGCAUAGGAUGUGCUCGAAGCUGGAUUUAUAAUCUGCAAAGGAAGUAUGAGAAAAGAGGAACUCCAGGCGUUUUUACAGACCUGACCAAGGUGCUCCCUUGGAUUCAGCAGCAUAUAGAUGCCGAUGUCAAAAUGAAAAGUUCUGUAGUAUCGUGUAACUUUCAAGAUGGUGAACUUUCUGGCAGUGAAGGAAAAUUGGUUUUUCCUGAAUUCCCAAAGCCCUUUUAUCAGGAUAAUCAGCUCUGCAUUUGGACUUUAUCUGUUCCAGAAGGGAGGCAUAUAGUGUUGAAUUUUUCUCACUUUGAUGUGGAGCCAGAUGCAUUCUGUGACUAUGAUUCUUUGUCAGUGAUUUCUAUGGAUGAUAGACUCAUUGGGAAAUUUUGUGGAAUGGACCUACCACUACCUAUUUUGAUUGGUUCAAACAGUGUAAGAUUGAAAUUUGUCUCAGAUAACAAGGACGAAGGAACUGGAUUUAGCAUGACAUACCAAGCUAUUAAGCCAGCUGGUUUUCUAGAUUCUGGUUGUGGAUCUCUAGCAGUUCUCUUUGAAGAAGGAACAGUGCAAAGCAUGCACUAUCCGGAAGCAUAUAAUAACCUGGCAGAAUGCCAAUGGAUUGUUCAUGCUCCAGAGAAUCAAGUUAUUAAGCUCGCCUAUGAACACUUUGAACUGGAAGAAAAUGAAGACUGCAGUUAUGACUCAGUGACAGUCUAUGAAAAUGUUGAAAAGGAGAAAGAAAUAGCUCGAUCAUGUGGAUUUGCUGUCCCGGCACCAGUUUUAAGUUCCUCUAACACAAUGCUUAUCCAGUUUCAUUCUGAUGAAACAGAGACCUACAGUGGGUUCAAAGCUGUAUUUUUCUUCAUUGAUGUUGCAGAUUUAAACAUAACAAAUUCAAGCGGUGGAGUGAUACUUGAAGAAAUCAGUGACCCUGCAAAUGAAACAGACAUGCCUGCAGAUGAUAGCUGUGGAUUAGCAUCUAACCAGCCUAGAUUUCUCUUUAGUCGGAUAGUUGGCGGUGAGGAAGCUGUGCCGUAUUCCUGGCCUUGGCAGGCCAGCUUGCAAAUUUUGGAUGAAAACAUCUGUGGUGGAGCUGUUCUCACAAGAACAUGGGUUGUUACUGCUGCUCAUUGUUUAAAAAAAGAGGGAAAAUAUCAAGAUCUUUGGAGAGUGGUGGUGGGCACUCAUGAUAUAAAAGAGCAAGAUCAGAGCAGCCAAAAAAGAUUGGUGAAGCAGUACAUCACACAUCCGGAUUUUAACACCAGUACUCUGGAUUCAGACAUUGCUCUAGUGGAACUUACUGAGCCUUUAGAAUUCAAUCAUUAUGUUCAUUCAGUGUGCCUCCCGGAGCAAGAGGAUAAGGUUGAACCUUCAAGAAUUUGUGUAAUUACAGGUUGGGGCAAUCAGUAUGAAGACAGAGCACAGUCAAGUAAACUGCAUCAACUCAGAGUUCCUAUUUUGGUUUCUGAAGAAUGUCAGAAAUAUUAUGUGGACCAUCCUGGUGUGGUCAACAAAAGGAUGUUCUGUGCUGGAUUUCCUGCAGAAGGGGGAAAGGAUGGAUGUACAGGUGAUUCUGGAGGCCCACUGGUUUGUCCUGCAAAAGACUCAAGCUACUACACCCUUAAUGGAAUAAUCAGCUGGGGCCUUGGUUGUGGAAGAAAAGGCUAUCCAGGAGUCUAUACAAAUGUUGCUAUUUUUGCUGAUUGGAUCAGUCAAUACAUAUAUGGAAAAAAUAAUUCAUCAAGUAUGGCAUGAAGACUUUUGAAGAAGAUAACUAAAGGCACCAUUCUGAAGGGCAUUCCUUAGUUCAUGUAUCUGACCAUUAGAUGUGUGAGCUACACUGAUCAAAAAGGAAAAAAAAAGAUAAAAAGCUGUAACUGUUCUAGUCUCAUACUAGGAUAUUCAUUUAUUAGUACUGUCUUAAUUGUGUGCUUCAGUUCAAGUUUCUGUAUGCAUUAAGAAUUACUCAGAUAGCAGUAGUAAAAGCACUGAAUGAGUUAGGAGUGCUGACUUUUUUUUAAAAAAAAAUUAGAGUGCACCUUGUUUUUACAGUAAUUUUAUAGUAUAAAUGAAUAUAUUUCCCCCACAUAUUAACUAUCUGCUGAAGGGAGGAGGAGAAGGGAGAAAAGUAAGGAUGUAGCAGCACUACUGAUUGUGUGGCAAGAAAUGUAUGUGAUUGUAUUAUUACUUGCACAUUAGAUCAACAAUGUCCAGCCUCCUGAUGCAAAUUAUAGUUAUAUAGUUAUAUUUUUCACCAUCAUACUUACGAAUGUGGCAAAUAAAUGUAUGUACAAGGA